AUGCCGGACGCGGCUGGAUCCUUAACGGGAGGCGGCGGCAACGGCCAAGCCUCGCGCGGACGAGGAAAUCGCAGCAGAGGCCGCGGCGAUCGUGGCGGCCAAAACAGCCGUGGAGGCGGCGGUCGAAGAGGACGCGGUGGAGGCCACCGGGGCGGCCCCAAACAGGAUGACCUGCCCGCCGAGCCCGCCGCGCAAGACGUCGCCGUCGCUGCUCGAGCGGCCAAGGAGGAGGCUGGCAUCGCGGCCCCGGCUCACAGGGCGACGCAAAACGUCGACGACGAUAAGGACGGCGACGACAACGAAGAAGUGUGCUUCAUCUGCGCCAACCCUGUGGCGCACCACUCCAUUGCCCCCUGCAACCACAAAACCUGCCACAUCUGCGGACUGCGCAUGAGAGCACUCUACAAGACCAAGGACUGUGCACAUUGCCGAACCGAGGCUCCGUACGUCAUCUUUACAGACGAUGCCGAAAAACGGUUUGAAGACUACAAGCCCGCCGAUCUCACCACCAUCGACACCAACAUUGGCAUCAAAUACACCAACGAGGACAUUGUCGGCGACACGGUCCUCCUCCUCCGGUACAACUGCCCCGACGCCUCGUGCGAUUUUGCCGGCCUCGGCUGGCCCGACCUCCACCGCCACGUCAAGGCAGCGCACCGCAAGCGCAUGUGCGACCUGUGCACGCGCAACAAAAAGGUCUUUACGCACGAGCACGAGCUCUUCACCGACCGCGAGCUCGAGAAGCACAUGCGACGCGGCGACGACAAGCCCGGCGCGGCCGAUCAGACGGGCUUCAAGGGCCACCCGCUGUGCGGCUUCUGCGGCGAACGCUUCUACGACGACGAUCGCUUGUACGAGCAUUGCCGCAUGAAGCACGAACGCUGCUUCCUCUGUGACCGCCGCGACUCCCGCAAGCCACACUACUUUGUAGACUACAACGCGCUGGAGCAGCAUUUCAAAAAGGACCACUUUCUCUGCAAUGACAGGGAGUGCAUGGAGAAGAAGUUUGUCGUGUUCGAGUCCAACAUGGAUCUGCAGGCGCACAACCUGGCUGAGCACGCCGGCGGCAAGACGGUCGGCCGUGAUGCGCGGGUGGUGGACAUGGCUGGUUUUGACCUCAGGCCGUCAUACCAGGAGGAGCGGCGCGGUGGUGGUGGUGGCGGCGGCGGCAGAGACGGUGAAGGUCGCGCGAGGGGACGAGGUCGUGGACGGGGUAGGGACCCGAACGAGGACUCGGUGCCUCCUCCGUACACGCAACCGCUUCGUCGAGACGAGAUUGCGUUUCAGCGACAAAUGGCCAUUCACUCUGCGCAGUCGGUUUCGCAGCGCACCUUUGGCGGCCAGCUCUCCGCCGCCACGCCCACGUCCGGCGCCGCCUCGGCCGGUCGUGGCUCGCCCCGCAACGGCAGCUCCUCCAGCACGCCCACCGUUCGCGCCGCCGUCCCCGGCGCCCACCUCGCCGAUGCAAUGGACGUGCUCUCCCUCACCGAUACAGCCAACAUGACGCCCGAGGACCGCGCACGCCUGGUCCGGCACAGCUCCGUCAUUGAGCGCGCCGCAAACCUCCUCGGCAACGACGCAGCCAAGCUGGGCCUCUUCCGGCAGCACAUCUCGUCGUAUCAGCGCGGCGCCCUCACCGCCCCGCAGCUCAUCGACGCGCUCUUUACGCUCUUCGCCGACGUUUCCUCUAAUGCGCUCGGCACCAUGACGCGGGAGGUGGCGGACCUGUUCGAGAACAAGGCCAAAGCGGACAGCCUCCGCAAGGCGUGGCAGGACUGGCGCGCCAUCAACGAAGACUACCCGAGUUUGCCCGGGCUCAGCGGCAUGGAGGGCGAGACGUCGAGCUCGAGUGGAUGGGCGAAUGCGGCGGCCGCUAGCCCGGCGGCGCCGCACGGCGCGCCUGCGCAGAAACACUCAAAUCGCGUGCUCAAGCUUAAGAACAGCACGCGCUUGGGCGGUCCGGCGCCGGUGAAUACGGCGACGCCGCCCGGUUGGACGCCCGCCGCUUCUUCGACGGCUCGCGCGCCUGCUUCUUCUUCCUCUUCCGUCUCGUACCCCUCUCUCGCAGCAUCCAAGACGUCGGCGUCGUCGUCGUCGUCACGACCAUCGUGGGUCCCGGCGGCGUCUGUGGCGACAACGUUGCGCGCGGGGACUCGCGGCGGCGGCGGCGGCGACGACAGCUUCCCGGCGUUGCCGGCAGCGCCGAAGCCGACGACGACGAUUUUCGGUUAUGGUGGUGGGCGCGGCGUGCGGCGCGACUACGGCCAUGCCGAGUCCAACUUUCAAUGGGGUGGUGGUGCCGCGGCGACGGAUGCAACGCCGGCGGAAGCGGCCGAGGCGGAGGAGGGUAAAGGGAAAAAGGGUAAAAAGGGCAAAAAGGUGCUCGUGUCGUGGGGUUAA